AUAGCAGUUCUUUUAGUUGGACUUACAGGCCUGUACAUCAUCCACAGAAUUGGGCUUUCUCACUCAUAUUGGCAAACGUACUGGGAGGACCCCAACGGUGAGAGCCAGGAUGGUCAGGUCUAUGUUCUAUUGGUGGGCUACAUGAGAGGGGGUACCUCAUUGCUGGGUUCAGUGUUUGAGAAUGAUAAGGAAACUAACUACUGGUUUGAACCAAUAGCACCAGUAUACAAUGCAUUAUAUGGUUUGAAUGGCAAUGUGCAAUCCCACUAUAUCAUCAACUUUCCAAAUGGAACAUCCCGUCAACUACCUCAUAUCGAAAUGGAAGCUAUCGUCUCUGAGAUGAAGAAAUUGAUGACGUGUGACUUAGAGAAUCUCCCGAUUGAAGUAAUCGUAAGAAAAUCGCAUAAUACAAUUGAUAAACACAACGAGAAGGUGUGUCAUGUUUAUACAGAUCGGUUGCUUUCCAAUCUCACAAAGUGCAUACAAGAGUCAGGGUAUAAACACAAGCAGUUGGAUGUAAGGCUUAGGUUCUGUAAGAAAUAUCUAGCACAGACACGGAAAUCUAGCUGCAGAUGGGAGGCUUUCCCAAACAAGUUUACGGAAGAGUGCAUAGAUCCCUUCUACGGCAGUAACAGAGACCUCAAGUCCGUUCAAAAUAAAUUUCUUGGUAACCCAUCAGAGGUGGAUUUGGCCUGGGAUCUCAAGAUGUAUGGAGAAUGUUUAGAAGACCUAAAAGUGGGAAUUCAAAAGUGUCUAAAAAAGCAGAAAUCCUCAGAAGAAUGUAAAAGUCAAAAAUUCCAGGUUGUCAAGACAGUCAGGUUGACGUUAGGAAUGGCCAGGGAAAUACUCAAGGUCAUACCAACAGUCAAGGUCAUCCACAUUUUACGGGAUCCAAGAGGUAUACUCCACUCAAGAGGUAACUUUCAUGGACCAGAACACAUUCAAUUCUCCAGAGGAGACAUAGGCCUAUCUGCUAAACAACUCUGUGAAAGAAUGGCAGAUGAUAAUAUCCAAGGAAACAAACUGAGAUCUCAAUACCCCGGGCAGUUUAUGGAAAUCAAAUAUGAAGAUUUUGUCGAUAAACCUCAACAUUGGAUGAAAAGACUUUAUGAUUUUAUAGGAAAGAAUAUACCAAGUGGCUUAGUUGAGACUAUAAAAGAUCAAAUAUCAGGAAAUUGUACCAAAUCGAAUAAAACACACACUGAUGAAUAUUUUGGGGUAUGUCGACAAUCUGGACGUGAUAACAUCGAAGGAUGGCAGAAUUUAACAAAGGAUCACAUAGAAGCCAUUGACAAACAUUGUCUGGAAAUAAGUGUAGAGAAAGGUUACCAUAAAUCAGUAAAAUACUGAAAU